UAUUCUUAGGAUCGUGCCUCGUACAACUCAAACAAACCGACAGUCUUGUUUUCCUAUAUAUACACCCAGGUGAAAAUAAAAGUGAAAAGAAAAGAAGUAGCGAUAACAGAUAAGAAAGACUGUUUUCUUCCGUUUCUGUGAGUCAUUGUUCUCAGAAUGAUAAGAUUAAAAUAUAUACGAAAAAUGGAUUUGGAUUACUCGUUUACCUGAAUUCUGUCGUGGUUAUUGCAGUUUGAGAAUUGAUUCGACGCUGACAGUCUAAACCAGAUACCCGGAGAGAUGCCAACAAGGGUGCCAAACCAGAGCUCCUUGAGGCUGUUCAAGGGCCAGAACUACAGGAAGCUGAAGGCAAAAUGUCUGUCUGUAGGAGAGCUUUUCGUUGACACUGAAUUCCCUGCUGAUGCGUCUUCUCUCGGUUUGGAAAAGGCAGUGGAAUGGAAGAGACCAAAAGAAUUGGUCGCGUCUCCGCAGUUUGUGAAGAGUAUGAGCAGAUUUUCAGUAAAACAGGGAGAGCUAGGCAACUGCUGGUUCUUAUCAGCUCUCUCCGCUAUCACUCAAAACCCAGGCCUGUUGUAUCGUGUUGUGCCCGGCGAUCAGGACUUCGCUGAUAACUAUGCGGGAAUCUUUCACUUCAGGUUCUGGCAGGGAGGUCAGUGGGUGGACGUCGUAGUCGAUGACCGGCUGCCUGUCGUGUGCGGGGCAUUACUGUGCUUCACGAGUUCGAGGGACGACGAUGAGUUCUGGUCGGCGUUGCUCGAGAAGGCUUAUGCCAAGCUCCACGGCUCGUACGGCGCCUUGGACACCGGCAAGAGCUUCGAGGCGACGGAGGACCUGUCGGGGGGCGUGACGGAGCGGUUCCUGCUGCGUCGCGAGGACCCCCAGACGCCGACGCCGACGAACCUCUUCUCCGUCGUCGCCAAAGCCAGGCAGCGGGGGUCGCUCGUCACCUGCAGCAUCUCGGAAACUCGAGAAACACUGAUGGAGAAUGGACUCGUCAAGGGCCACGCCUACAGUGUCACGGGGGCGCGUCGCUUCAGGGUGAAUGCUCCUCGAAGGCCCUACGUGGAGCUCCUGCGUCUGAGGAACCCCUGGGGGGACGAGAUAGAGUGGAAAGGGAUGUGGAGUGACGGCUGCGAGGAGUGGAAUUUGAUCCCGAAAUCAGAAAGAGACAAACUCCAGCUCAGCGUCGAAGCGGACGGAGAGUUCUGGAUGUCAUUCAGUGAUUUCGCAGAGAACUUCGACGAGCUGUUCAUCACAAGCCUGAACCCCACCACCGUCAACGAAGAGGCCAAGGAGCACCUCAUCACCAUGGCCGACGUAGUGAACGAGGCCGUCCUUCACUCCGAGGUCAUAAGGUCAGCCGAGGUCAAUGCCGUGAAGGUGUGGGAGGUCGUUUCCUUCGACGGCGCUUGGGUCCGCAACGCCACGGCAGGAGGCGGAAAUACGAGAGAUAGAGUGUUCUGCAGCAAUCCUCAAUACAUACUUGAGCUGACAGAAGCUGACGACAGCGCAGAGGAAGAAGGCACUUGCGCUGCCAUAGUGACCCUUAUGCAGAAGAACAGAAGGGCCAAUCAGCUACCCAUUCACCCCAUUGGGUUUUUUAUCUAUAAGCUCGGAGAGGGAGAGAAAAUUCCCAACCCACUCACCGUAUCUUGGCUAAGGCUGAACGUACCCUAUUUUUACACCAAGACCUUCUCGAAGACACGUACUGUGACCCACCGCCUCACCCUCAGCCCCGGCAGGUAUCUGGUCAUCCCUUGCACGCCCAGGCCGGACCAAGAGGCAGAGUUCCUCCUUCGGGUUUUCUGUGAGAAGCUCGCUACGAUGGAGGAGUACGACGAGGAGGCCCAGAUUCUCGACAUUGCUGAAGAGUCUGAGGACGAGGUAGACCAUGCCAUCGAGGACCACCUGCGUGCCGUGUUCCGAGAGGCAGCUGGGGAAGCCAACGAGGUCGAUGCUGUCAAGUUGCAGUGCAUGCUAGACCAGCUCUUCCCUUCUGCAGGUUUCGAUGACUCGCUGGACUUCACCCGGAGUCUCCUGGCCAUGAUAGACGUGGACUUCUCCGGGACUGUCACUUUUUAUGAAUUCGAGGCCCUUGUCUCUUCCCUCAGGCGCUGGGUGAGAGUGUACAACGAGAGGAAGGACGAGGAGAGCGGCCUCCUGUCGGGGCACUCGUGGGGCCUCGGCGACGCCCUCAGGGACCUCGGCCUCCAGAUCCCGCGCCGCAUCCGGGCCCUCGUGGUGGUGCGCUACGGCGACGAGCAGGGACACAUCGCCCUUAGGGACUUCCUCAUGGCCGCCUGCAGGAUCUCCGUCAUGCUGGUGAGAUUCGAGGCCCAUCGCGUAGAGAACGGCCAGCACGCGGAAAUCCCCUUAACAGACUGGCUGACAAAUACCCUCUACUGUUAAGGAAAAUUAUGUAUUCUUAUGUGAUAAAAUAGAAUUAUAUAGAAUUACAUCACUGCACAGGAUGAUGUACACUUAUUCACUAAUAUGGUGUAUAUCUGUUUAUCCAAAUUAUAUAAACUUAUCACCCAAAUUACGUAUGCGUAUCCACCCAAACAGCGUAUACUUAGCUACUCAAACUAUGUACACUUAUUCAUCAAAAUUAUGUAACUUAUCAUCCCAAAGUAUGUACAUUUAUCUACCCAAAUUACGUACGCUUAUGCACCCAAAUUAUGUACAUUUAUCCAUACAUCUUACACACUUAUCGACCCAAAUUAUGAACAUUUAUUCACCAUGAUGUACACUUAUCGACCCAAAUUAUGAAUAUUUAUUCACCAUGAUGUACAUUUGCCGACCCAAAUUAUAUACACUUAUCCAUCCAAAUCAUGUACACUUAUUUACCCAUAUUAUGUACACUUAUAUACCCAAAUUAAGUACCCUUAUAUAAAAAUCACGGAUCUUUGCAUAGAAAAAUAUUUACAGUUAUGAAAAAAGAAUCUUUCCUCUGUUAAAUGAACGUGCGUUUUUUAUUUAUUAUAUGAUCUAGUGCAAUUCAAUAUAGUCUAAUUAUGUCUAAUUGCUAGAGAUUGCAGAUUUUAAAAAUUAUUUUCUCCAUAUCAACAUAAAAAAGUUAUUCUAUUACAUCGACAUUUCACAAUUUCUCUUUUUUAUUAUUAUGAUUAUUAUCAUCAUUACUAUUAUCAUUAUCAUUAGUAACGUAUAUAAUUAUUCUUACUAUCAUUAUUAUUAUUCUUUGUUCUCAUGGAUUUAAAGAGUCUAUAUUUAUUUGUUUUAUUAUGCUUACUCUCCCCACCCUUACUGAUAGACUGUGGGGCUGAGUGAAGUAGAUAAUUCUGGUAGGAGUAUGAAUAUUAUUAUGAUUAUUUUUGUUAGAACAAAUAUGUGAUAAUUGUCAGUCUAACAAGUAUCAGAAAAUAAAAAAUGAGACGUAUGCA